GUGGUUGCGCUGCUGGAAGUCGAACGCGGCUAGGGAACGCGAUCAAGCGGGCGCAGAUAUUAUGACGGCUGAGCGUCUACCUAGCGCAGCUUCAGUGUUCCGUGUUUUUCUGUCGCUACCUGGUUUAGUUACGUCGCUGACUAGGUGAAUAAUAUGCGAGGUCUCAGCAUCUUUGUGCCAAAAGAGUAGCGAUGCAGUCUUGAUCUGUCGUUUAAGCAUAGCAUUUUCACCUCAGCGGCAGCGCAUGGCGUAGGAAAUGGCUGCCGUGAACUGCAAUCUCCAGCGCAGCACGGUAUCUGUCAGGCGUCCUGCUGAUGGUCGGCUGGAAGAAAUUACUCGAAACGGACACAAUAUAUUCCAGUUCAAGCAAACGGUGUGCCAUGCAUGCAAUGGCUUUUAUGGACCGUCGUUUGGCCACCCACUGUGCUGCACAUGCCAUGCUUUCUUGUAUCCUGAUGUGCUGUCCGACUUGGAUGGAGACCAGGGAUGGAAAAGUGACUCUGAAGACUCCGGAAAUGAUGAACCAGAAGAUUUUUAUGAUAUGGUGAAGCAUAACGUAGAGCGCCCAAGGCUGCCAGCAGCAGGGCCAAAAGCUGAUAGACUCGCAGAAUGUAUAUCUGCCCUCAGCAGCCCAAGGCCACAGGAGUCAAUGCCUGAUGGUGUCUUGGCCCAGCUCCCACUUGAGGUGCUGUCCCUCAUCUUCAGACGGCUGGAUGAUGUGUCACUGUGGCAUUGUAGCCAGGUCUGCCGCCGCUGGCGGCAUAUUCUGGAGUGUGAACUCAGUGAAGAUCAUUGGUCUUUGUUCAUCAAACACCGUUGGCCUCUCUUCAAGCCUCCUCAUAAAGUCACUUCUUGGAGGACCCUUUACAGCCGUCUGGUGGCCAGUGCACCAUGCCGGCGGUGCCUGCAGGAGCUCAGGGAAGGCCCCAGGGGCCGUGCUUACGACUGGGGCCCUGAGGGCUCCUGGCGUACUGUGCGCUUGCAGCAGGAGCUGCGCUUGUUGCAGACAGAACCUCCCGAGGGCAUUGGGGCACUGCCGCUGGACCCUCUGUGUGCCCACUGGCAGGCAGCUAUUGCAGGGCCUCCAGACAGCCCUUAUGAAGGCGGCCAGUUCCUCCUCUUUUUGCAGAUUCCCAGCGCGUAUCCCAUGAAGCCUCCCAUUGUGAAGUUCCUUACUAAGAUCUUCCAUCCUAACAUAAGCCGCCAUGGGGAUAUUGGCAUUGAUUCCAUACACCAUAACUGGAGCCUGGCACUCACCAUAUCAAAGGUGCUCAUCAGCAUCCAGUCCCUUUUGACAGACCCAUACUGCCUUGUCUGUAUGGAGCCUGAGGUGGGACGGCUGUAUCUUGAAGAUCGCCUGGGCUUUGAGCGCACUGCUAGACUCUGGACACUACGCUAUGCCAUGCAUGGUGAUCCAAGCGACUUUCAUGGCCAUGCCUUGGAAAGUGGCUGAAUACUUCUACCAAAGUGUUCCAAGGCCCUACCCCAUGUGUCCUUGUCAACAUGUGCUACUGUUUCUGCACAAAGUGAGCCAGUCAACAUAAGAGUGAGGAGCGGCUGGCUGCAAUUCCACAAGUGGCACACCUUCCUGCCCACAGGGCCAGGCAGGGGACUGGCCAGCCUAGUCACCGCAUCUGCAGACACCCUUAGGAAGUCUGCACUUUCUGCUCACCUUCCUGGCACCCUCUUGUAUUUUUUUUUUAAUUGUACCUUGUGUCAACUGAUUGGUGAAAAAAAAAAAAAGUUUGUCAGAGGCAACAAGUUGUGAUCCAUGACAAGCACAGGGUGUGUGCUUUUAGGUACUUAGGGCCAUAAAAUGAACAGUCAGCUCUGAAAAAAAUGUACUGGUGAAGUACUGCUUAGUAAAGUGAUGUACCUGUUGCCCAGUGUUGCUUACAUGUAGGCGCUCAGUUUCUGUCUGUAAUAUCACAUAAGUUGUUCAUUGUGGUCGCUAGUGUUGUGCAUUCGCACAACAGAGGCCAGUGUAGCAUUUCUUGUAUUCGCUGGUAACCCCAUUGUUUGAACACUGUCGUGAGGGCCCUGCCCAAGCAUGACUAACUGCGUGGAGCAAAAAGGGAACAAGAAGAAAGCUUCACGUUUUUUCAUUCUUUUGUUAGGUAAUUUGUAUGAGGCCUCGGCGAAUUUGGCAAAUUAUAUUGAGGACUAGGCAGCGUUUGUGAACAUUGGUCCUAGAAAAUUUUCAGUUCAAACUGAAAUGGCCACAUUAGACUGCGCUGCAUGUAUUCAACGAUCCGACAAUGCAUAUUGUAGCCAUGAAAUGUGUCUGUCUGAAAUCAGCCCAAGUUAUUGCUGCAGCUGAAAAUAGAAACUUCGUUCGAGAAAGAGAAGCUUGAGCAUUUUAAACUGCCCUGUUGCCUUUUGUAAAAGUGCAGGUAAGGAAAUUUACCACAAUUUGUUUAUCAAUCAUAUCAAGCAACACAGCCUUAUUGAACAGCAGACACAAAGGAGACUGGACCUGCUAUUACAAGCAUAUCAAACCACACUUUAGCAAGCUAAUCUAGUACAUUUUACACUGAGUUUUUAUUACUCUUGUACU